AACCCGAAAAAGAUGUCCAUCCAGUCGUUCGUCCGUCGCGCAUCAGGCUUGUAAAGUUUGAGAGAAAAUUUCGUCAAAAUUUUGGUAGUUUUUGCAAUCGAAUAAUCGCAACAAUCAGUGCAAAUGGUAGUCCGAAGGGCGGGUUAGGUAGUUUACUAGAAAUUUUAGUGAUAUCAGUGAAUUUAGGGCGGGAAAUAUGCACUGGGAAAAGUGAGUUCAAGGGUGGCACAGUUCGAGAUUGUUGGCAAAAAAAAGGAGCGUAAAAUUCGAAAUCGGCUGCAGCAGUAUAGAACAGUAGGAGGAAGAAGACGCGCAGUACCACAACAGUGUCAGUCAAUCCCGCGGUUCGUCGGUCGGCUCGGCGCUGAAAAGUGGGAAAAUUCUACAUACGUAAUCAAUGCAAGCAACAUUGGGGUGGCGGUAGGUAAAUGCACGUAAAAAGUUAGUGAAAGAUGAUAACCAAGUGCAGCAGAUUGAGUGUUAGCAACAAUGAGUCGAUUGGAAACAUUUCGUUGGUUUCAAACUGCGAUCGAGAAGCGUCGGUAAUCAGUUCAUCGGAACCCAGCAAUGAGGACCCCCCGGCAAGCAAUUCAGAGCAAAAAUCCGUGGUUUUAGAUUCGCAUUAUAUCGAAACUAAGAUUAAAAGUUUGCUAAAUCAAGAGGACGACAAUGGCAGCGAACCAAGUGCUGAGAAACUGGAAAAUGACGAAGCAGCUGCGAAAGUGGCUCCUUCCGCCGUAGAACAACCGGAGCGUAUCACCGGCAUUCUGACGGCCGAAGACAGCUGCAACGCGGUGGACAAUCAAAUUUCAUCCGGCGAGGGUGAAACCAGCCAGCUGAAAGUGCCCCCCAAGGAACUGUCUUUCAAUGGAAAGAUUCGAAGCUUGAAUGCUCCUCCAUCCGGUGGUGGAAGCUCGCAGUGCGAGCUGACCGAUGCCACCAAAGGCUUCGAGAAGGUACGCCAAGACAAGCUGAAUGAGUCGUACGAAAUGCUGACGAAGGAGAACAGUUCAUUGAUGCACUACACCAAUGAAAAAUCUCCGGAUCUUUUCGCCGAUGACGACGACGACGAUGAUGAUGAUCACGGCAGCUGCCAUGAUGAUGCCCGGUCGGAUAACGGCGAUGCAACGGAUUCUGAAAACAUCCCGGCAAAUAAUAGUACAACUGUAUCCUUGAAUCCGGUGGAGCAAAUCGAGAGGAAACUCCUGAAGAAGCUACAGGCCUCUCUUUCGGGGGUCCUUCCACCUCCGUCUGUUACGUACUCUCGCAUCGACGUCAGUCAGAUGCUAAGCCUCUUUCAGCAGAACGAGAAGCGAUUGUUCUACCGCAACGAUGAAAUUGUCGUAGAGAACUCCACGAAAACGGGGGAAGCCACUCCGUCUUCACCUGCUUGCCUCAGCAAACCAACACAUCCACCCCGGGAACUAAACGAACUUGAGUGGCCAAACGUACUGACAGCAAGGGCCCAUGGCGUGUACUACAAUCAUUCCGCUGUGACCGAGAAGAUCGAGCUACUUGGGUUAAAAUACGUUGAGCGGUAUAUCGGUAGGGAAACGAACACCUCGUUCGACGUAUCGCGAGCGCCCCCGAGUGCCAAGAAGAAAAUGCGAUUAAAACUGUUGAACAAAUCACCCGGAAGCCGACUGAGUCACCUAGCUCGUCGACGAGCGACUUUUUCAUCGGCCAACCUUCUGAACAGUUCAGCCGGUUCCAGCUCGUCAGGUGGUGGUUCGUCGCUGGCGGGCAACCAGCGACGUUUGUGCAAUAGACAAAUCGUACUCGACACCAGAAAAUCAGACAACCGCCGCAAGAGUAAAGGGAGAACCCCCAAACGGCGCACCCCUGGCCGACGGAAGACUCCGGGAUCAUCGGCCAAAAAGCGAACCCUUAGCUUACCGGUGGUCAAACCUUCGCAAGCGCUUUCCAGGGAAGCGCCCAAACGGGCACUAUUUCAAAGCCCUCCGGAUGAACCGGCCCCAAAGGUCAGCAGCCAUGCGUCACCCUCCGUCAGUCGAACGGCUGCAUCCAGCAAAACGCAAAAACUGAAGCGUGUCCUAUUCUCGCCGCCUGUAAAACGGCGCCUUGCUUUGUCUGCUUUCGGCGGCGCAGGGACUGAGCCAAUCACCAAUGUUACCAACCCGAGCGACUCCAGUGGAAUCAAAAAUAUCUCCACCGGAGAGUCGGUCGAUUUAGAUUCCGGAGUGCACGGCCGCAAGAGGAAACGACCGGCGGAUGAAGCCGACGAUGAUCUAGUUCAAAGGCAGAAAAUGUCCCGAAAUGAUCCCGUCAAAAAGAACGAUGAUCUUACGCCCCGGUCGUCGAAACUUCUGCGCAGUCAAAGCUUUUGUUUGGGAUCGCAAACAAAGGUGACCAGAAGUGCGCUGGAAAGUAGCGGCAGCGGGAGAACGUUGGUCCGGGCCAACUCGGAAUCGGUGACGCUGACGGAGAAUCAUCGCAAGAAACUGUUGUGGGCUGUGUCGCAAGCGUUGCAAUCCAAGCAAAUAUCGAUGAAGCACGAAAACUUCAGGAAGUUUGCUUCCAUCCUAGCGCACGUUGUUAAGAAGUUAUUUCUUGAAUUCAACGACCACUCUGUGUCCAGCACCAGCGAAAAGAUGUUGAGGUUGGCACACAAGCACCUGUUCGAUGUUCUCCAGGGCCAGACUGCGGAAGAGAUCUACCAGCGGGAGCGAACACGCCUGCUGAACGCUAGAAAUCUACUGAAACCUCACGGUUACAUAUCGCCCGAAGAGUACGAGCGGAACAAGCUGCGGCGUAGCAAAUCCACCUCGGUGUUCAUCCUGGACAAUUCGAACGAUUGCUCGUUCGGGGCCGCCGGUUCCUCCAGUCAACCGCCACCACCAGUGCCACUAAGUCAAAGUUCGUCGGUCUUCUCGCAAAGUUCCGAGUUCCUCGCCGGGCUGUCGCAGUCAUCGAGCUUCCAAAGCAGCCAACCGGCGGCCGGCAGUGAAUCCACGAAGAAUACAAUUCUCCGCGAGAACAUCGACAGCGAGCAGCGACAAAAGUCGUCGCAGAAGCAAAUUUCCUUCUCUGGGAAGGAUCAGAAAAAUAUGAGUCCAUACGCUGACGUCAAAAGCGGGUCCCAGGCCAAGGCGAAACUGUUGGUCGGAGGGGCGGCCAUGACCACCAGCAUCCUGAAGGCCAAGAGGCAGAUCUCAUUCGAAUGAAGUCGGCGGCGAGUAGUGUAGCGCUGAGCACAAAGGUAAAAUUGUACGAUAAAUCUAUAGAGUCGAGUUUUGCAUUUUGCUCUUUAUUCGAGUUGUUCGCGAGCAACGUUCUGAGCUGCAGACCGCAGAUUAUUCGGUCUGCUAACACUUCUACUUAUUUUGGCGAAGCACAGUUUUUGAUGUAAUAUAGGCUUUUUUAUUUUGUUUUCUCGUAGUCAAGUUGAAAAUGAUGAAGUUGGCGAAGUUAGCGAUAAUAAAUAAAGAAUUCUUAAUUUAUUGAAAUAUA